AUGAAACAGUAUGCAAACUUAUGGAAAGUCUUGUAUAUGAAUCUAGUUCUGACAUUUCAUUUAUCUUAAUGUUUAGCCUUAGCCAGUCUAUUGCCUCAAAUAGCUGAAUAAAAUAAUUACCCCUCUUUAGGUGAAUUAGGAUUAAUUUGCAUAUACACAGUGAAUCUAAUAUUCAAUCUGAUUGCUCCUCUUUAUUUAACUAAAAUGAAAUAUAGAUAUGGGUUUGUCUUUCAAGCAAUUUUAGUGUUGCCUUGCUUUAUUCCUGCAUUUUAUGUAUCAAGAUGCAAUGGGGACAACAUUGAAGAUUUAAUAUGCAAUCCUUAUAUGUUGAUUCCCCUAACUCUAAUAGGAUGUGUCUUUUUAGGGGCUGGAUUAGGCGGAUAUUUUGUUUUGUAAAAUACAUAUGUAAGUGACUGUACAAAUGAAAAAACCAAAGAGUUGUAUUUUGGGAUAACUUACAUGUUACUUGGAUGUGCAUAUUUGUUGAAUGGACUCACAUCUGAUUAAUUAUUAAAAUAUAUUGGUAGAGAGAGUUUCUUUUUAUACAGCGGAUUAUUUGAAUGCGGAUUAUCUAUUUUAUUUAUUUUUGUGUAAUAACCUGAUAAAAGUAAUUAACAUAAAAUCUCAGAGGCAACUUAAAAUAUGAUAUAGAAUGAUUCUAUUGGAAAAUCUGAAGAAUAGGUUGCAAAUAUCAAUGAAGAGUUUGCCAAAAUUGGAUUUUAAGCAUAACUGAAAUAGAUUAUGUAAAAAUUUUAAUUAAAGGAAAUGAAAUUUUUAUUUUCUUUAUUUAUUUCUACUGGAGUUGUGAUAGGUUUUGAGUUUGGAAUUUUUCAUAAAUUCAUUUCAGCCUCACUUCCUGGUGAAGAUUAAAUAACAGUAAAUGUGAGAACAGCCAGAAUCUUCUUGUAUGUGGGAGUGGCUUAAAUAGUGAGCGGGAUUUUUAAUGGUUUGUCUAGAUCUUUCGUUGGAAUUAUUUAAAAUUCAAUUUUUUAUGGAAAUGCCUUUUAAUGCAUGAAUAUAAUUGCUAUUCUAAGUGCAUUUUAACAAAAUUACGAUAUCAAUAUAAUUUUAGGCUUAUUAAUAGGAUUUACAGACAACUCAGGAUAAUUUAAUUCAGCAGUAAUUAUCUCAGAUAUUUGGAAUGAAGAUAUGGCAAUUUUUGGAUUAUAUUUAUUCUGUUAAAAUUUUGGCGUAAUGUUUAUAAAUCUUGUUGCUAUCUUUCUUGAUGGAUAAUCGCUAGUGUAUUAUUUAAUAUUGUUGAUUAUUUUGUAAUUUGCUACUAGUUAUUCGUAAUAAUAAUUUAAAAGGUCACAACAAAAGGAAUGA